AUGCUUGAGACGUCGACCGACCCAAAUCGCAUAUGGCUGGGCAACUUGCCUCCUCGAACCACCGAGUUCUUUAUUUUGAAACUGGUCAGACAGUUUGGCGAGCUUGCAGACUUCACCUUUCCCGUCCACAAAGUCGGUCCCCAACAAGGCGCAACAACAGGGUUCUGUUUCGUCACUUUCAAAAGUCGAGAGGCCACUCAGCUAGCUCUACGAAGGUAGGCUCCUCCAUUUCGAUUUAUAAACCCUCCUGGUUGAUUACAAGGAUAAAGAACUGUCGUUUUAGGUAAGAGUCUUGACUUCUUUUGACAGCUGUGUCUGGUAUAUGUGUCCAGAAUAAGCAUAUUAUCUACGCACCAACACCACCCUAACCGGUCAAUUUUACUUACCAACAUAGACAGCUCCUAGUCGCCCCUAUUCGCUCUUUGCGGUCGUCCUUUGACAUCUGUAUCCGGAGUGGAAUCGUUUUUUGCCUUAAAAGACGAAUUUACUGACAAGAAAACUGCACAGAUCAGAAGCUUACUUUGCAAAUCCUCCAUUUAAUUUUCCCACCCGCGUUAAUCUAGUUCUUUUGGGAGACUUGCCGUUGGAACAUGAUAGAUCAAUGCCGCAAAUGUCCCCACUUUACUCAAAGCCACGCUCAAGUCACCACUACCGUAAUCUGUGGAUAUUAAAGGUCUUCACUAACCACGUGGAGCGAAAUACCAUUCAAAAGCAUGCCGGCACCCGAAGUGAUGACUGUUGGCCCAAUUUACACAUACCUUCUUUAUCUUAGAGUAAAAUUCGUCUGCCAGUGUGUGCUGUCGAAAAUCUGCACCAUACGUAGCAAGGGUCGUCUUUUUUCCGUAACACGUCACCCGCGAUUUUCGGCCUAGCAAACUGUACGGUUCGAUUCCUCAAGAGCGUCAAGGGGCUUGAAAAUGUCGAAUUUUUGCCACAGAUAUUGACGAACCUGCUUUUCUCAGGAGGAGCUGCACGUAACUCGUAAGUCCUUUAGCUUGAAUUAACUCUAUGACCAGGUUAGAGAACAUGCCAAAGUAGUGCAACUGGAGAUAACACUCCUGUCAGCACUAACUCGCCUCGUAGACGAGCGCAAAAUAGUUCUGUUGGAAAAAGAAAAAAGAGUCAACUUUUCCCCAUUGCUUCGAACUUACCCCAGCCAGACCAGUCAAGUCUAGUAGAGAGGGAAAUUUAGCUAAACAAUGGUAUAGCCAAGACUGAAAAAUGGCGACAGUAACCUAUCUGCCUGUUGUGUCGUAUAGUUUCUCCCCUCUCCAUGGUCCGCGACGAUUGAUACAACGAGCUUGAAUCCCCCCUUUUCCAGCAGCAUAGACCUUAUAUCAGAUCUUAAAGAACUACUUAGAUAUUUUGAGGGAUUGCGUCGAGCCAUCUUUUAGGCCCACGGCUUCUUUGUCUACUAUAGCAAGCCUACAACCUCGGGUAGGCUGUCGUAAGGGACGAGGCCUAAUACUGCCCGGCGAAAUCAGUCGUGUCUGCACAGGAAUUUAUUUAUAAUGAAACAGACUUGCUCUGCAUAUUCUCCGUUCUCUCAUAUCCACCAUUCGAUGAUAAGACAGGAUGACUUGGGUAGUCAUAGGUGCAAUGACAUACUGUAGGUGUGCUAACUCAUGAAAUGUUAACUGAAAUUCUGAAAUGCGUUUUCGUUUCGAAAAGAUUACGUAAUUAGGGUUGUAAAACUAGUCAUCUGCAGCAUAAUUAUAUAAUAAUUAAGUUACCGGGGGAUGCCGGCUUUCGAACGAACUUCUUUCCGGCUGCAUGCAAAAACCACGCCCGGUAAUGAAUAAAUACUUGAGUAGCAUAAAUGUUUCUCAUUUAUUUUCGAUGCCCUUAAAAUGCAAUUAUAUUUCGUGGAAAACAUGCAUAAAAAUAUCCAUUUUUUACUCAUUUGGUAGAAAAUCACGUCUUCCAGGUAAUUCUUUUGAAACGAAAACGUAUUUCAGAAUUUCGGCUAACAUUUCAUGAGCUAGCACACACCUACUGUACACAGUUAAACAGUGACGACCUGAUUCCGAACACCCGCACACACCAGACACCUAGAAGGGAUGUCGGAUCUUGCGUAACUGGAAGCGUGCCACAGACCCCUAAUGAACCAUUUCAGCCUGAUUCCUGAUUCUGCGCUAGGCUAAGUUAUCUCGUCAGUUUGUGACUGCUGACGCAUCAUGAUACUUUAGAAGCGCGUGUUUAUACAGCAUCCGGGCUGGAUCGACCUCAGCCCGUCUUCCCUCACUUACGUACCCAUGGCCUGUAUGUGCCUGUCGACCGACUGGCGACUAGGCUGGGUACAGUGACUGACGUGGUGUGGAACUCCUCUGACGUGUGCCGCGCACAUACACCACACAUGGGAGACUCGACGCAGCCAGACUGACGCAUUCUGUGAGUCAGUGUCACCCCCACCCAUCUCUUUCGUAACGACGACCGACAUAAGAUAGUUUCACCAUCGUAAGCGGCAAGGUCGACUUUUGUGUGACUGCAACUGACCUACUCCAUUCUCCCCACGCUCACCAUGUUCCGGUCAACAGGUGUGAGACAAAGUCCAUUGACAUUUGCUGCGAGUUCAUUUUGUUAACUCAGGUGACGCUGAUUGAAAUGUGAUCGUUAUCUUCUCUGGGCGAAUUCUCGGUCUCGGAUUUGGGUGGCCGGGAGCAAGUAGAUGAAGGCAUCGUUGCGUGUCCAAUUCGGUUGUGGUAUCCAGUGUGGAGCCGCCGCGUACAGGUCGUAGACACUGACGCUUGAUAAUUUGUUUCUGCCUGUAUGGGCCUGAUGCUGAGCAGUUGGACGUCGGUUCUGUAUCCGAUGUUGAUUUAAAGUUUAAGAGUGAGGUCGAGUACACCGCCUUGCUUCACUGCCCCCGUUAUUACAAACGCUUCCAAAUUCGCUCCAUUAUCCGUGAAGUGCACCACCAAGCCGCUGCUAUUUCGUCUUAUUAUUUGCUUAAGUCGUCCCGAGCACUGGAAUGUUAUAAGUGUUUUUCAUACGUCAAAGGACUUCUACUAGAUUGGCAAAGGUAACUGUGGGUCUUGGAGUUUCCCGUGAAACAUACUUCUGACACUUACUCUAUGAUUGGGAAAGAAAUUCCUUCUUCACACAGCCGAUAAGAGCGGAAGAGACAAUCCUGCGUGAAAUGCCGAAGGAGCUUCCGUGGUAACCGUUUCACCACUAGUGUUUUCGUCUUGGCCUUUAGAAGCAAGCCAUGGUGGCGUUCUUUAAGCCUUCGGUAGUUGUCCGUGUCUCUGCACUUCAUUAAAAAACGAGGUGUUUGUUCGAAGUGGAUGACCACUGUGUUCUCAGACUUCAGUAGAAGCUGAAUCAUGAGUAGGAGAUUUUUCACUGCCUUGAUCGUUUGCCACAGGGAGGGCAGAAGAACAAGGUCAGCGUCUGUUGCCACUUGAGGCAGUUAUUGAAUUCAGAGCUGCGCUGGACACCUGAGGUGAGCGACGGAGAACACGCUCAGUUCACUCCAAUCCUAUUUUUUGGAUGACGUGAGAUAUUUUCACGGUGUCGUCGCAUCGAGUGAAGGGUCUGUACUCCACCUAAAGCGUCUUUCUGAUGAAAUGCUAGAUAGAGGUCGCUGUUUCUCGCUCAUCGUCAUACGACGUUUUAACCGUCACAAGCAACAGAGUCAGGCACUACUUCACCAGAGGGGCAUAUCCGUGAACUGCGCGGGACUUUGUUUGUAGCCGAACGGACUUGCACCACAUUAACCUCACUAUCCCCUCCAACACCUCGUUUUCUGAUGGCACUACAAAGCCAGGGUGACUGGAAGUGGGAUUGGACGCAGUGGCUUGCAAAGUGAAACAGGCCACUUACGCCUGCAACGUGACCCAGUCCCCAACUCUGCAUGUGUCGGAUUUCAUCCACAUGCCCGGAAUCUCGAAUUCCACGUAGGUGAGAGUGCAAUAAGGGCCGCACUAAGAAAUAGCCCUUACGGCCUUGGUUUCAGUCCUGAGCGAGACCGAGUUAUUCCACCAGUUAGCAACUUCCCAAGCCACAACUGCUAGCGCGUCGCAGUGGUUUUAAAGCGUGUUUGGUUGUUUGUGGUGAAAAAGUAAGCGCUCGGUCGGCCACUUUUUCAUUUCACCCUUCAUAACAUCAGUGGCUUGUCCGAGCCAAGCCGACUGAGAAUUGGAUUAUGCGCGGUAACUGAUGUAACGUGAAGUCAUCCCCUAUCACAUGCCACAAGCGGGCUUGAAUCUCACAGGUGAGACCACCACAAAGGCGACAUUUAGAAGGAACAGUUACAAUCUUAUUUUUGCUCCAAUGGCCUCCGACAUGCGACCCCAUGCCGCGACGUAGCUUGUCAUAAUACGUUCAAGCGCCUCAGAUCUACUGUCUUGAAUAGUACGUUGACAUGUCACGAUGUAUUCCUCAGAGUCGGACUCUCUUUCUAUGCACCAAUGACAUAUCUGAGGCUGUCGGUGGACUAUGGAUGAGUUUGGACGUUAGCGACUAACAUGCUGUCAGCCCUCGUCAAAGGCGUACCGCACGUAUGGGUGUCAGAAGGCAAGGCCUCGCGCAGGCCCAACGCAAUCUGACAAACUCAUGCGGCAGGAAAAUUUCCCCCGUAGUUUCGGUCGAGCACUGUCACGGCGCAUCUUUAUUUUUUGUUGGGUUACCAAUUGGCAUUCGUCUGAUCAGCAUUCAAGACGAUGGAGUGCUGAUCAGACGAAUGCCCAGCACACUCAGAUCUUUGCAGUAUUAGCUGUUUCUUAACGUCCCCAUAAAGCAUCUUCCGGCCUCGGGAACAAUUGUCUUUGUAGCGAUCAGUUUCUCCCUAGAAGAUUAGAAACGGCACAUGGAAAUUGGAGUUGGUGGUUUUAAGUGAAUUUAGUAUAUCUAGCAUUACAAACUUCCUAAGAUUUACGCAUUUUCGUCGUUCUCCUACUUCCCUCCACUGGUAGAUCAUAGUAAGCCGUCCAAUUCUUAGCCGAAACUGACGCACAUUUUGUGAGUAAUAUCUGUCGUAAGGCAAGUCACAACCUCAGUUCGUCCUCUUACUCCACUGACCAAGCCGAUUUUUUUUUAACUGAACUGCCAUCCUUUAUGCGUAAACUCCCGUUCUAUUAUUUAGACUAGAUGGCCUCCGUAUCGGCGACCACACUUUGUCUGCGCGCUUGGCCAAACCCUCGAAGGAGGAGACAUUAUUGGCCCAGUCUUCGCUGGCCGAAGCGCGACGGCAGAAAAUAGAGGAUGAGACCAAGAAAAGAGAGGAAGAACUCGCCCGCAUUUUGAUGGAUAAAUCUCAGUCAUCGACAACUACCACUUACAUCGCCAAGUAAGUGGGAAGACGCCUUUGCAAAAAGGACAUCCAUCGGAGGUCCCUAUGUUGCACUCAUUGCCUCCUUGAUGUAGUUUCAUCCCUUCUGUUAUUUACUUGAGCGUAAGUGGUUCUUGAAUAACUGAAUUAAGAGGUACCAUGCAAACUAACCAUUCGUCCACUUUCUCCGUCCUCUCUAAUCACUUUUGGCGUAGAAAGAUUGACGAGCCCCCGACCGCCUCCUUGAUGCCGGCUUCACGUCCCAAGGUGAUGACUAUUAUGCCAACGCCAAUUCCCGACCUCUACGGCAAGUUGGGCCAGGUUAGCGCAGGGCCACUAAAGUCUGGGUCAUCGUCCGUCUCUGGUGAGUUCCCAUAUUCUUACAUUGAACACGAAAACCAAAUCAUUCCCAACCGGUUUGCAGCAAGCACUUUCACAGCAUCUACACAGUAUUCAGGAUAGGCGCAACGGCCUGGGACAUGUGGUCACAGUGCUUCCAGCUGAUGUUCACUUACGCGUGCACGAUCUGGAUUUUCAGUCUAAUUACAUGCUGCAUCACAGUCAACGCGUAGUAUUUUGUGGGAAACCGUUUUCUUACCAAAAUACCCAACCAUGUUCAUAGGGUCUGGAAGUCGGGUCCUUAAUAAAGUUGAUUUGUGCGCCAUCUGCAGUUGGUGCUUUCCCAGUUGCCUUUUUCAAUGACUUCGGCACGUCCUCAGCGUAGGAUAGUGUGACAGGUUGCUGGUUUAAGUGCCCGCCUGAAAUGACCAUUUUAGGACUCGUGCUGUCUCGCGCAGGCACGCGCGAAGUCUCGGAGGUACUCGGGGGGGGGGGGAGAGAAGCAUGGAAAGAUUGUUUAAUUCUAUUAGAUACUUUCAAUUGCCACGGCGGCGUUUUCCACCUGACUAAAUAGACUGUCGGUAGAACUGUACCUGUAAGAGGUAGGCUGGUUGUUAUCCUGUGGCCCCCACAACGGGCUGUGCCACAGAUGUCCUGGGCCCAAACAUGAUCACAUUGGCUCAUGACGUCGGGCUGUGCUGAAUUCGCGUAAGCCAGUAACUGCAGGCGUACAGGUGCGGCACUCUUUAGACAUUGGCCUUCGCACCGCGUCGACAACUGCACCCAACUCCAUCAGACAUUGGUUGAGAGGAAGACGAAGAUGCGAUCACUGGAACAAGAAAUUUAUUGGCCUGACAUUUCGCAUUCUCACUCGAACCCACCAUCGCGGAUGGACGCAGAUGCGACUGUCUCUGAUGGUGGGUUCGAGUGAGAAUCCGAAAUGUCCGGCCAAUACAUUUCUUGUUCCAGUGAUCGCAUCUUCGUCUUCUGAAAUGCCUCCUGGAACUCGCCUGCUCGAUUCUAUCAGCAAUUAGUUAAGAGGCUCUGACAGUCGACUGGUGUAUGGGAGUGGCCAACGUUGGGAAAUCGGUCUCCAGGGCCAUUCAUCACUAUAACAAGUCUGGCAUGCCAACAGUCGUGGCUUGGAAGCUUGUCAACUGACGGGAUAACUCGACUAAGUCAGCUUCUUCGUAAUGUGGCCUCUAUGGCACUCGAUCGCACGCAAAACUCGAGCCGCCCGUAUGGAAGUCCGGCACAUGCUGCUGGGGCCAGGUCGUGUGUGGAAUGCGUAGAUCGGACUCUCUGCGGCACGCGGUUAACGUCGUCGUUCGCCACGGUCAAGCUGUCAGUUUUUUUGUGGUAGCGGUCUACUUCAGCAUCACUUUAUCGUAAUAAGUCAGCGUUUGAAAUAAUCCAUCAGUUGUAAGAGGACAUCCAGAAGUCUUCCGUCAACUUCUCGAGCGUGAACCCAACUUUUCUAUAGCGUUUCAGGUUAAUUAUUUUUAUUACCGCUGGAGCUAAUCAAGGGAAAACCGCAAACUCUAAUUUUUGUAGUGUCCUCGCAAAGGUCAGGGAUAGGCGAACCCGUAUCCCUAGUACUGCAGCUGUUGGCUGGAAGAAAGCUAAGGCCAUUGGACGGUAUAAUGCGACGUCUUUAGCAGUGCCAAAGCUUUAAUUGGGUAUACUUCAGGGUUCCAAUCCCUUUUACGAGUUUCCGCGCAUUAAAUGCCUACGCUGACAAAUGCCUGCCGAUAAGUCCCUUUUCUGUGCACAAUUCAAUAAUUUCUACUUAUAAACUCAGCGAGGCCAUGGGCCCUUGGUAGUUAUAUUUGUCACUUUUAUUGGCUGUGCAUCAAGCAGUAUGUGACUCCUGCCCUUCUGUUUUAAAACACCCGCAGGCCAGUCUCAACCAGCAUCCAAUAACUUGACAAUAAGUCGAAUAGAGGCCACCCUUCGCCGUCUUGAAAGAGAGGACGCGACAACUGUCCAGCCCGCCAUUUUGCGUUCUUUCACCGGUGGUGUUGGAGAGUCCUUAAAACCACAUCCUGCCCUGGCUGGUGUACUCACGAUGCACAAGGACGUACGACCGAAAAGCCGAAAUCACCGCCACUAUCCAUACGGUGGCACCAAGACGUCCUUUGGACAAAAACGGGACACGUGGCAGAACGCGCACUCUGGCCGACGUCUGUAG